AUGUCUCAUACAAAUCCAUCACGGCAUUUUGCCUUUGCUUUAAUCGUACCUCUGGUACUUGCAGUAGCAAACUUUGCUUCUGUUCAGCAACAAGUCUUAGGCUCUGUUCAACGAAUCCUUGGCUUCGACACUGCCAGGCUACCCGUUGUUACCAUCUCACAGGCUUCACUUACUGGCAUCGUUAUCAAAGAAGACUUUCCUGUUUCUGUGGAGGCCUGGCUGGGAGUUCCGUAUGCUCAGUCUCCAAUUGGAUCUCUCCGUUUCGCGAGACCGCAGCUUGUGGCUCCCAGCAAUGAGAGCUUCUUGGCCAAUAUGUUCGGUCCAAGAUGUCCUGGCAAACAGCUUCUCCNNCCUCCAGGCGGUGGUCCAGACGUGUGGUCUGAAGAUUGCUUGACCGCGAAUGUUCUUCGACCUGCCAAUAUGCCCAAGAGCGAGAAGGUGCCUGUUAUGGUGUACGUCCAUGGAGGAGCUUUCAAUCGUGGCACUGCGAAGAUGCACAACACGGCUAGUAUGGUAGGGUGGGCUUCCCAGCCUCUCGUGGCUGUGAGCUUCAACUAUCGGAUUGGCGCGCUCGGGUUUCUAAAUUCGGAAUUAACGUACAAUGAGGGAUUGCUCAAUCUUGGAUUAUGGGAUCAGGUGGUGUUGCUUGAGUGGGUCAGAGACAAUAUCGGUGCGUUUGGUGGUGAUGCUGGGGAUGUGACGUUGGUCGGAUUGAGUGCUGGUGCGCACUCGGUAAGUGCUUAUUUCCUUCUCUGCUGCCCAAGGUAUCGGACUGAUGACAUGACUGUAGNNAUUGGACAUCACAUCAUGAACAUCAAAACACCAGAACCUCUUUUCCACAAAGCCGUCAUUGAAUCGGGAGGUCCAACCUCUCGCGCACUGCACCCCUACAACUCAGCACUUCACGAGACCCAAUUCGAACAUCUGCUCAAAGAGACUGGGUGCAACGAUAUCCCAAGCUCUUCAGUCCUCCCCUGUCUGCGCAACGUCUCCGAAGCUUCUAUCGUCUCAGCCUCCAACACCGUGUUUGCGCACUGGAACCCUUCAGUGAGGUGGGCAUGGCAACCUGUCAUCGAUGGCCAACUCAUCCCCAGAAGACCCCUAGACGCCUGGAUCUCCAACAACUGGAACAAAGUCCCCAUCCUCACCGGCUUCAACCACAACGAAGGAACCAUGUACGUCCCCAAAAGCCUCGCUACAUCAACAGAUUUCCGCUCCUUCUGGUCGACGCUGCUGCCGCAAUUGUCAGAAACAGAUUUGGACGAGAUAGAUGCGCUAUAUCCUGACCCUGCUUUGUUUCCUGAUUCGCCGUAUACGGAGACCAGGGCUUUGGAUGUGGGGGCGCAGUACAAACGCCUGGAAGCUGCGUAUGGACAUUAUGCAUACGUGUGCCCGGUGCGGCAGACCGCUGUCCACGCAUCCUCGGCAGAGAACCCGCCUGUGUAUAUCUAUCACUGGGCGACCAAUCGCACAGUACUUGGAGGCGCAAACCACGGCGAUCAAAUGUGGUAUGAAACGUUCGAUCCUUCGGUCACUGGCAUCUCAGACACGCAACGAAAUACCGCAGGCCUGUUUCACGAUUACAUUGUCAGUUUUGUGUUGACAGGGGACCCAAACGCGGUGGAAGGGAGAUGGAGAAGACCGGUCUGGAAGGUGUGGGGUGGUGAGCAAAAGACUAUGUUGUUUGGCGCUGGCAACGAUGAAAGAGCUGGUGGUGGACAUGUAGGCACUGUUGCUCAACUUGUCGAGGACACAUGGGCGAGCAAAGAGUGUGAGUUUUGGUGGAGGCAGACGGCUAAUGUUGAAGACUAG